UAUUAGAAAUGGUAGGGUGUUUAGAUCGUUUAGAUGUUUGUGUUUUGUUAUUAUUUUGAGAUACUAAAAUGGACAGUGAAACCGCCAAUUUGUGUAUUGCAGAAGUUGCCUUUUCUCUGUUAUUAAUAUCGAAUGGUCAAUUUUGAAGGCGAAGGGAUCCGGUAUGUUUAGCAGAUUUUCCACCGUCGUUCAAAAUGCUGUGGAUGCCCUGGCCCCGCCAGUGCCACAGUUAGAAGAUUUCACAUAUCAUUGGAAGAUGAUGAUGAAGUUCUAUAUAAAGAGAGAUGCAGUGAGCAGAACUAUUGUUGAAAAUACAAAUAUCCCAGCACAUUUGGACCAAAUGUUGAAGAUAUUGUUGGAAGAAGAAGCCAGUCAGGAGAGUGGUAUUGCUGGUCCCUGUCUGGAGUAUCUGUUGCAGCAUCAUCUGUUGGAUCUGCUGUCAGUGUUUGCAUGCAGUGACUGUCCUCCGGGCAUGAGGCAGUUCACUCUGUGCUUCAUUCGAAAGCUAAUAACACAGCUGAAGCAUCCUGUUCUGCCACAUGUUGGCAUAUAUGGUCCCAUUCAGAGGUUGAUCAGCCUGUGUAAUGGAAGAAUAGCCUCACCUACAGAGUCUGCUGAAAUCCAGUUUCUUUGUGUAUUAUGUGGUCUUAUUUGCAAAAAUCCUCAGCUCACUAACAUCUUCAACAAUCAGCAGGCAACAGAAGAAAAGGGGCUGGGCACUAUUGGAAAUCAGAGUUCUGCAAAUUCUAAAGAAGCUAAUCCAACAGUUUCACUGCCCAGGACCACCAUAAAAACAUUGCCACAUAGAAACAUGUGCCACUGUAUGAGGAUAGAAGGCACUUUGCCUUGGAUGGAUUGUGACUCCUGCAAAUGUGUUCAAGCAUGUGACUCCAGUGUUGAAGAUGAUAACACAACAAAAGACUGUGUACCAGGAGCAGAGAUGGAGGCUACACUGCAUCUGUCAGCAGUCAAUAGUGAUGCACCAUAUGUUUUGGCAACUUCACCAAUACCUUCUUCACCAGCACAAGACAGUCAAAGUUCAACAGCCUCCAGUGGUAGGAUGGAGAAGUUCCUCUUACUUGAAGCCCUGCUUAGCUUUCUACACAGCGCAGAUAGUAGGGUAGUGGUUAAGGCUUGUGAGGGGUUGAUGGUGAUGGCAUCGCUUCCAUCAGAUGUGUUUGCACGCUCAGUGGCGUGUCAUUCCGACUUGUGCACCAUACUGGCCAACAAGCUGAACACCUUGUUUGCAACUAUCCCACCUGACAUUGAUCCAAACGAUAUAGAUGAUAUGCAAGUCAACUGGGGCUUGGACUCCCCUGUGUGGACUGAUAGUUCACAGUUCCCAGGUUGUCGACAGGUGGCAGCAUUUCUUGCAUGGCUUGACUAUUGUGACCAGCUUGUUCGAGAAUCUCAUCCCAUCCUAGGCACAGCACUGGCCAACAGUGUGCGAUUGGAGUUUCUUGAAAAAAUUCUGGGCCCGGCCCUUCUCCAGCCAGAUGCUUCAAAUGAAGUUUUCAUCACUGCCUUUAUUAGCAAAUGCUUGAAACAAGUCUCUGCCCCUGCCCUGCUUACUGAAUUCCUAUACUGGUUGGUUGGGGAGAACAGAGAGCCAGAGUUGCCUGGGUUGUCAACUUGUCCUAUGAGGCAACAUUUGCUGUACAACUGCUUCCAUAAAGAAGAUGAGGUUAGCCUAGAAACACUGAGGCUCUUUGAGGUGCUGCUGCAGAAGCGAAAUGAACAUGUCCUGCAUUGUUUGGUGCUCGUGUACCUGACUUCCCGAAGUUAUUAUGACAGCUCUGCAUCAGACUCUUUAAUUGGCUCAUGGAGUGAUGAAGAAGACGAACGUGAACGACAGAGAGACAGUCCCUUACUGGAUUUUUCUCCUGGAUCAUCACCUGUUAGCAGGACUCUUGCCCCAAGCAGUAUUAACAAAGUCAUAAAUAGCUUUCUCUUCCUGCUGCCCCAACAUUUGCACUCUACAACUGAUCCUGAUGAAACAGGUUACGAGCAGUAUGUGCAGGAUGCGGACAGACAGUAUCAGGCCUGCACGACACAAUGUGCAUGCUAUGGCUGGCCAAAUGAAGCAACCUUUCCUGAGUCAGCGGAAUAUGAUGAUUCAUGUAGCUCUGAUUCACGUCCUGAAGCCGACCAUGGUUGUCAGUUCUAUGAAGGCCCAUUUCUACGAAUGAUAUUCACACGAAUUGCACGUUUACCGUACCAGCCUUAUGAAAUCAAUCUCCAGCUGACAGGACUGGUUUCUCACCUUGCCAUGUUACCUCAUCCAUAUCUCCAUGAAUAUCUGUUGAACCCCUUACUGCCAUUGCGUAGUGAGGCCAACUCCCUCUUUUCCAUACUUCAACUGGUAGCAGGUGAGCUGAUGAGCCAGAUUCCUGCAAUGAAAAAUUACAAACAUCUGUUGUAUGUGACCAGACAAAAAUUGCUGGGUGAUGGAAGUGAUAUUCAGGAGGAAGAGAAUAGUCUUCUUGAAAGUAUGGUGGUAUUGGAAGAAUUCUGCAAGGAACUGGCAGCCAUUGCCUUUGUCAAGUACCAUCAUUCGUCUUGAAGAUGAAGCACUUCCCUGACUGCCAACAGCAACAGCAUUUUUUCCUGUAAGGGAAACAACCUCAGGAUUUUCAUUUGAAUAAAUGAAAAGGCCUUUCAGAGAGAGCUAGUCAGUCAUUUCAUGCUGGCUUAGAGCCAUCAGUGAUCAUUUGAAUUCUGAAGUAUUGUACAAGUACCAGCCAUAUAUUGAUAUUCAGGACUUAAACUACUGAAGUGCAGCAAGUAUAACAUCACAGAAUACCUUUUGUAUAUUUCAACUUCCUAUUUCCGUAAGUUUGAUCUAUAGCAGCUGUUGCUUCUAAAGAAUCUUAACUGCAAGGAAACUUAUUUCCCCAUUGAAGUUUUUACAGCUUGUUUGUAGAAAAUAUAUAUCAGAGCUUACCUGGAGAGUUAUGCCGGUGGUAGUUUAACUACCAGUAGGGUCACCCAUGACAAAGGUCAAAGGGUAGAGUCCAGACUAAGAGAGAUACCCUGGUCCUACAGGUUGCAGGUUGGGCAUGAGGGUUACAACCUCAGCCUGUAAAAAGAAUUUUGUUCAGAAACCUAACAACCAGCCUCAGUAAAUCAUAUAUGGAUCCAUUUCCUAUGGCAGCACACACUUGUUGUGGAGACUGGUUGUAGAGGAGGCCAAGGCUCACCCAGGGCUGUAGCGUCGAGUGGUAGGUAGUUAUAUAUCACAGCUUGAAACUACACUCAAGUCUGCUUUUGAAGAAAUUAAAGGGUUUUUAAUUAUCCUGUUCUGUAUGGAAUAUAUUUGAACCACCAGUUCUGGGUGCCAUUUUCAGUGGUUGAGUUCUGAACCACCAGUUCCGAGUGCCGUGUUCAGUGGUUCAGGCAUAGGCACUCUGCUUCACAUUUGGGAGGUCCCAUGUUGAAUUCCAAGCCAAGAGACCUGCUUGCCUUGGUUACUGUUUUUUAAUAGUUUUCUGCAGUUCUCCAGAAAACCUGGGAUAGUACUUUAAAGUAGGCCAUACCACUUCCUUCCACAUCCAUUUUAUUUCAUCUUUCACAUUCUUCCUCCCAUUUGAUAACGUACAGUAUUGCCCAGAAUAAACUGCACCAAAUUUAUUUAUUUAUUGUAUUUUUAUAUGUUCACAUAUGUAUGGAAACAUGGAAUUAUGCGAACAUAUACUCAAGAAUAGCUCUUGAAUAUCCCCCCUCCCCUGAACAGAUUUUCAAGUAGUCUCUGAAUUGUUUUUUCUGUUCUUUCCCUCAGAACCUGACGGAUGUUUUCUUUCAGUUGUCACAAAGAACAGGGUUCAGUACUCUUGGCUUGGUUAUUCCCCGUAAGAGUGUCAUGGGAGGUGUUAGUUCAGGUUUAUUGGCUUAGAAAGGAUAGUCAGUCUCUCCGGGGGAAAAAAGCUGUGUGAAAUGCAGCUGGAGAAGCUGCAACAUUUGUUGAGCAAUAUAUGAUGUCUUGUUAUCUUGCAGAGACUUAUUUCUGAAACAGCAUACUUCUAACACACCACAUAUCAUGAAGAAGAGGUACAGUUAUUCGUUGUUGAUAUCUGUUCUGAUUAACUGUCACAUUUGUACCAUGAUCAUCAUUGUUGAAAUAAGAACUAAUGGCAAACCACA